CAUUUAUAAGAAACCCUUGUUGAGUCUUGGAAGUUGGAACCUCUCUGUAUAUUGCAUGCCUAUUUACUAAUUUCUUUCUUGUCGUCAGAAAGCUGUAUAGGUUGAUUAAUUGAAUUGCAGUAUGAGCAGCAGCUCCUAUCUGUGUGGCUAUGGCUACGGGGCAUUUCUUUUCCUAAUCGCAUUGUUAAGUUCCAUAGCUCAAAGUCAGGGAGUGAUCAUCAACAGUACUACUAGUGCGUCAAGCUUGCCAUCGAGUGUUAGAAGAGACUCCACUACCGCUGAAGGAAAACAAUGGGCCGUUUUGGUUGCCGGAUCGGCUGGUUAUGAAAAUUAUCGGCAUCAGGCUGAUGUAUGCCAUGCAUACCAAAUACUGAAGAAAGGUGGGUUGAAAGAUGAAAACAUCAUUGUUUUCAUGUAUGACGACAUUGCGUUCCAUGUUGAUAAUCCCCGGCCCGGCAUCAUCAUCAACAAACCUUUUGGCCAUGAUGUUUAUGCAGGAGUCCCCAAGGAUUAUACUGGAGAUAACUGUACAGUGGACAACUUAUUUGCUGUACUUCUGGGAAACAAAUCUGCUCUUACUGGAGGGAGUGGCAAGGUUGUGGAUAGUGGUCCAAAUGACAACAUUUUCAUAUACUAUGCUGAUCAUGGUGCUCCAGGUUUAGUCGGUAUGCCUACUGGGAAAGACCUGUAUGCCAAAGACCUCAUACAAGUGUUGAAGAAGCAGCAGGAAGCUAAUUCGUAUAAAAGCAUGGUAUUCUACCUUGAAGCUUGUGAGUCUGGGAGUAUGUUCGAAGGUCUUCUUCCAAGUAACUGGAGCAUAUACGCAAUUACUGCUGCAAAUGGAGAGGAGAGUAGCUAUGGAAUAUAUUGCCCAGGAUACUACCCUGAUCCUCCCUCAGAAUUUCUUACUUGCUUGGGAGAUGUAUUUAGCAUUUCUUGGAUGGAGGAUAGUGAUUUGCACGACAUGAGCCAGGAAACUCUGCAGCAGCAAUAUGAAGUGGUUCGGAGAAGGACAGGAUUUGAUUAUGAAGCUACGUCUCAUGUCAUGCAAUAUGGAAACAUGGAGCUUAGUAAGGAGCUGCUCUCUUCUUACUUGGGCACGAACGCUGCAAACGAUAACUACGCUACCAACUUUAAUAUCGAAGAAUACCCUUCUAUGAUCCCAAGAGCUUUUGACCAACGCGAAGCCACUCUUCUUCAUUUCUGGCACAAGUAUCAAGAAGCCCCCGAUGGAUCUGAUAAGAAGGCCGAGGCUCACAAGGACCUACUUCGCAUGCAUUCUCAUAUAAGGCAUGUGGAUCGUAGCCUAAGCCAUAUUGCUUCAACUCUGCUUGGGGAUGAAAACGCAGCAAAUGCACUGAAGCAUGUUAGACCCUCUGGGCAACCUCUUGUUGAUGACUGGGAUUGCUUGAAGGGCCUUGUGAAAGCUUAUGAGAAGCAGUGUGGAGGUCUGUCAUGGUAUGGAAAGAAGUACACAAGAGUGAUAGCAAACAUGUGCAAUGCUGGGAUAAAUGUGGAGCAAAUGAUCGGUGCAUCCACCAGAGCAUGCUCAUCACGGACCGCCACCACCACUCCUCCUAGAGGCUCCCUUCAUAACGAAUUUGACAAAUAGAUAGAAAGUAGUACGCUAGUAUAUGAAUGUUUAAAAUGAAGCUCUCUGGUCUCUCUACAGAUACAUAGUCACGGUGAUCAAGCAUAAUGUUGAUCUUCCAUAUAAAUAAUUAUAACAAAUGAAGGAUGUGAUUUACUAAUUAUUUCCGUGCUGAGUGUUUUUAUAAUUGCCAUGUUU